GCCCCGGCGGCGGCGGUGGCGAGCGGGGGACCGGGGCGGCAGCGACAGCGGAGCCCACCCCCAUCACCUGUUACCUCCGCUCCCCAGGUUGCCUGAAGUUCCCCGGCGGCGCCCGGCAGGACGGGGAGCGCCACGGCUGCGGCUGGCGGGGACCCUACAGUGGCUGCUGCAGCAUGGGCUGGCUCAGGGGGAUUGCCUUGCUUUCCUUGGGAGUAUUACUAGCGGGAAGAGUCAACUGCCAGCAUGUGAAGAAUAACGUGCCAAGGCUCAAAUUAUCCUAUAAAGAAAUGUUGGAAUCCAACAAUAUAAUCAAUUUCAAUGGACUAGCUAACAGCUCCAGUUACCACACUUUCCUCUUGGAUGAAGAACGGAGUCGGCUGUACGUUGGAGCAAAGGAUCACAUAUUUUCCUUCAACCUGGUUAACAUCAAGGAAUAUCAAAAGAUUGUUUGGCCUGUAUCUCAUUCCCGAAGGGAUGAGUGCAAGUGGGCUGGAAAAGAUAUUGUGAGAGAAUGUGCUAAUUUCAUCAAGGUGCUUAAGGCUUACAACCAAACCCACCUGUACGCUUGUGGAACAGGGGCUUUUCAUCCAGUCUGCACCUAUAUUGAAGUUGGAAGCCAUCCUGAGGACAAUAUCUUUAGAAUGGAAGAUUCACAUUUUGAAAAUGGGCGGGGGAAAAGCCCUUAUGAUCCCAAACUGCUGACAGCUUCGCUUUUAGUAGAUGGAGAGCUCUACUCUGGCACAGCAGCAGACUUCAUGGGCAGGGACUUUGCCAUUUUCCGAACUCUGGGGCAUCACCAUCCCAUCAGAACAGAGCAGCAUGACUCCCGGUGGCUAAAUGAUCCCAGGUUUAUCAGUGCUCACCUGAUACCAGAGAGCGACAAUCCUGAAGACGACAAAAUCUAUUUCUUCUUCCGUGAAAACGCGAUUGAUGGAGAGCACACUGGGAAAGCCACUCACGCCAGAAUAGGGCAGAUCUGCAAGAAUGACUUUGGUGGACACAGGAGCCUUGUUAACAAAUGGACAACCUUCCUCAAAGCACGUCUGAUUUGUUCUGUGCCAGGACCCAAUGGCAUUGACACACACUUCGAUGAACUACAGGAUGUGUUCCUAAUGAACUCAAAAGACCCUAAAAAUCCAAUAGUCUAUGGGGUGUUUACAACUUCCAGUAAUAUCUUCAAGGGAUCAGCAGUGUGUAUGUACAGCAUGACUGAUGUGAGAAGGGUAUUUCUUGGUCCCUAUGCCCACCGAGAUGGGCCAAACUACCAGUGGGUUCCCUUCCAAGGGCGAGUGCCAUAUCCACGGCCAGGAACUUGUCCCAGCAAAACAUUUGGAGGUUUUGAUUCCACUAAGGACCUUCCUGAUGAAGUUAUAACAUUUGCCAGAAGUCAUCCAGCCAUGUACAACCCAGUAUUCCCCAUUAACAACCGUCCAAUCAUGAUUAAAACAGACGUGGAUUAUCAGUUCACACAAAUCGUGGUAGAUCGAGUAGAUGCAGAAGACGGCCAAUAUGAUGUGAUGUUCAUUGGCACAGAUAUUGGAACAGUUCUUAAAGUGGUUUCAAUUCCUAAGGAGACUUGGCAUGAACUAGAGGAAGUCUUGCUGGAAGAAAUGACAGUCUUUCGGGAACCCACUGUUAUUUCAGCAAUGAAGAUUUCCACAAAGCAGCAACAGCUCUACAUUGGCUCAGCCACUGGAGUUUCACAGCUUCCUUUGCACCGCUGUGAUGUGUAUGGAAAAGCAUGUGCUGAGUGCUGCCUUGCAAGAGACCCUUACUGUGCCUGGGAUGGUUCAUCUUGUUCACGUUACUUCCCCACUGCUAAGAGACGUACUAGACGGCAAGACAUCCGAAACGGAGACCCGCUUACCCACUGCUCAGACCUGCAGCAUCACGAUAACCCAAGUGGUCACACCCUGGAGGAAAAGAUUAUCUAUGGAGUAGAGAACAGCAGCACGUUUCUUGAGUGCAGUCCAAAAUCUCAGCGUGCUGUAGUCUACUGGCAAUUCCAGAAGCAAAAUGAUGACCGCAAAGAAGAGAUAAAAGUGGGUGACCAUAUGAUCCGGACAGAACAGGGCCUAUUGCUACGAAGUCUUCACCGGAGAGACUCUGGUGUGUAUUUCUGCCAUGCUGUGGAGCAUGGCUUCAUGCAAACUCUGCUCAAAGUGACCCUUGAAGUGAUCGAUACUGACCACCUGGAAGAGCUGCUCCAUAAAGAAGAAGAUGGCGAUGCUUCCAAGAUCAAGGAUGCUACCAACAGCAUGACCCCCAGUCAAAAGAUCUGGUACAGAGACUUCAUGCAGUUAAUCAACCACCCCAAUCUCAACACAAUGGAUGAGUUCUGCGAGCAGGUUUGGAAAAGAGACCGCAAACAGCGCCGGCAAAGGCCUGCCAACGCGCAGGUGAACACAAAUAAGUGGAAGCACCUACAGGAGAAUAAAAAAGGUAGAAACAGGAGGACCCAUGAAUUUGAGAGGGCACCACGGAGUGUCUGAGCUUCAUUACCUCUAGGAACCUCAUCCAAGUAGAAACUUGUAUAGACAGAUAACUGGAAAAAAAUGCAAUAUUCAUGAACUUUUUCAUGGCAUUAUGUGGAUGUUUACAAGCGUGGAAAGUUCAAACGAUUUCCACUAGGUUUAAAUAAAAUCCAUUUCUAACUUUCCUAGCAAUUCCUUCCUCUCUGCUCUGAUUCUAAGACCAGAAAGACCAGAGUUUCAAGGAUGAUAACUCACCCGGACCUAACUUACUGCUCUAAAAAUUCUACAAGUAUUCAACAGGCAAGUUUUGCUUUCUCUUUUGCCGGAGAUAUAAACAAAAUUUCAUGCUGUCAUCUUAUAGAAAAGAAAAUCAACCCUCACCUUUCAUCAUCAGCACUACCAUUUCUAGACUUAUAUAUAAAACUGCAUGAACUCAUUAAGCUGAUGAACGUCUAAACACGUGAUUGGACACAAGGAUUUUGUUCUUGUUUUGUCUACCAGUUCUCCUGUUUAUAUGUGCUAGAAGAGGAAAAACAAUACUGAAUGAGAUUAAUUGUGGAAAUCUGAACAACAUAAGCCAUCCAUCAUCUGAAAGAAAAAAAAUGUGGAGUACACUGGCCUACUACUGAUGACUUCUUUCCGCUUUGAUCUAAAGAUGUAUUUUAUUAAAACUAUAAUUUAAAUGUACCAUGAAAAAUAUGCAGCAAACAUUAGCUCAUUUCUAAAAUAGAUUAGGCUUUUUGUCUUAGAAAUAUUGUGCUUCCUAAUUAUUGGUUUAGAGGAAAAAAAGACAACUUCCAAUUAUGAGCUGCUUUACUGUUUUGUUUGGAAAAACUUCCAGGGGAGCUAGUCACACUGCAGUUAACCUCCUCCCCUCUCAGUAAUCUAUAUGACAUGUACUUCAAAGAAAUUUUAAAACUAAGCUAUUUUAACAUGAAAGUCACUUCAUGUAUAGCAUGGAAGUAUUCUACAUUCUGUUCUUCUAAGUAUGGUAUUUGAAAUUAUUCAACUUGUCUAACACCUUGCUAUAGAUUGAACCAAUGAAGAGGAGAGCAUUGAUUUUCAGUUGUAUAUUUUUUUUUAUUAAAAAAAAUACAAAUAGCAUUAAAAUACCCUCUACUAAUUA